AUGACGGACCAUAUGGAAAAACGAAAGAUAUCUCCGGACCAGAACAGACCAUGGCCUCCAGAAGACACAGUAUACCAGAAGCUCUGCGGGGGGUGACUAUGGUGGAGCUGGUGAAGAAGGAAGGCAGCACGCUGGGCCUCACCAUCUCCGGAGGAACAGACAAGGAUGGGAAACCCCGGGUGUCGAACCUGCGGCCUGGAGGGCUGGCAGCCAGGAGUGACCAGCUCAAUGUGGGUGACUACAUAAAGUCUGUAAAUGGCAUCAAUCUGACCAAACUGCGGCACGAAGAGAUCAUCAGUUUACUGAAGAACGUCGGGGAGAGAGUCCUGCUGGAGGUGGAGUACGAACUGCCCCCUACAGGUACAUCACUUCAGCUCCAUACACACAUGUGUACUGAAGAUGUUCUUGUGGAAAAAAAAAUAUAUAUAAAUGGUGCAUAUAUCAACACAAGAGGAAAUGCUUUUUGA